AUGGCGUCCUCUACUGCUGUGCCUGUAGGAUUUCACUAUGAAACAAAAUACGUAGUUCUCAGCUACCUGGGACUUCUAGCACAAGAGAAGCCACAGGAGCAUCCUCCUCCUUCAACUGAAGGGACUCAACAACAGAUUAUGGAACAACAUGUUUCAGAGAAAGAGGCUUUGGAGAAAAUUAAAACAGAAAUUGAGGAGGAGCUAAAACACCUUGAUGAAGAAAUCGUGGAAGCAUUUACCACUACAGGAUUUGACUGCCACACUUCCCCGGUGUUCAGUCCUGCCAAUCCAGAGAGCUCAAUAGAAGACUGCCUGGCUCAUCUUGGGGAGAAAGUGUCCCAGGAAUUGAAAGAACAUCUGCACAAAGCACUGCAGAGCUUGAUUAGCAAGCCGGUGACAUACCAAGAAUAUCGAGAGCGCACGCAAGAGACAGCUGCUCAUGCCAGUGGAUGGAACAAGGUCUUGGUACCCCUGGUUCUGCUACAACAGUUUCUGAUGGAGUUAACCAGACGGGGCCAGGAACCACUGAGUGCACUUGUGAACUUUGGGGUGACGUAUCUAGAAGACUAUUCUGCAGACUAUAUCAUUCAACAAGGAGGAUGGGGGACAGUCUUCACUUUGGAAUUGGAAGAGGAAGAGUACCCUGGGCUCAUCGCAGAGGACAGUAAUGACAUCUACAUCCUGACCAGCGACAACUCGGGACAGGUGAGCCCUCCGGAGUCCCCCACGGUGACCACGUCGUGGCAGUCAGAGAGCCUGCCCGUCUCCCUGUCAGCCAGUCAGAGCUGGCACACGGAGAGCCUGCCAGUCUCCCUGGGACCCGAGUCCUGGCAGCAAGUGGCCAUGGAUCCCGAAGAAGUCAAAAGCCUGGACAGCAACGGAGGGGGUGAAGAAAGGAGUGAGAACAACUCUUCCAACUCGGAUAUUGUUCAUGUGGAGAAGGAAGAGAUACCGGAGGGGAUUGAGGAAGCAGUGGUGUCAGCUGUCCCUGCAGAGAGCACCCAGGCAGCAUUUCCAGAAACCCCAGCUUCUUUACAGGAAGUAAAACCUCAAGCUGAAAUUGCUGCUGCUGUUGAAAAAGCACAUCCCUCUGCACUUCUGCAUACAAAACAGGAGGAAAAGGGAAAAGCGGCUGAAGAGCUUGUUGAACCUGAAAUCCCUGUAUUAAGUAAACCUGUCCCAAAGUUAGCCCCAUCAGAAGAAAAGGCUGCACCAGAACCUGAGAAAAUACUGCUUCCAGGGGAAAAAAAAGUGGGGAAAGAGGGCUGUUUGGAAGAAAUAGAAGAGAAAUCCUCUGCUGCAGAGGAGAAGCCCAUCUUACUGCCAGAAGGGAAAUCUAUACUGCUGUACGGCGGGGCUGCUGCAGUGGCUAUAUUAGCUGUGGCAGUCGGAGUAGCGCUGGCGCUUAGGAAAAAGUAACAGAGCUCUCUUGAGAAGGAGGAGGAGGAGGAGGAGGAGGAGGGUGGGGGGGAGAGCAAAGAGAGCACGAUCUGAUUCUUGUAGUUGUGUUACCUUAAAGGUUGAGCUGCCUGCUGUUUCAUUGGACAUUUGAGUAACUUAAUGGUGACGGGGUGAGGUUGUUCAAUAAGCCUCCAGCUAUGGACAAUCACGUUUUUAGUAGAACUGGGAAGGGGACUGGUUUUUCGUGAUUAAAGUAACAGGGGUAUUUUUAAAAAGAAAAAAAAAAACAAAAACAAAACAAAAACCCAAUAAUAAUAAAUUCUGCAAAU